AUGACGACUCCAACUGAAACUGAGAAACUUCAGGAGCAAAAGCGUAAAGAGGCGGAAGUCGCAGCGAAAGCACCGUCGUCGUCUUCUGGAGCUCCCCCAGAAGCAGAUAAAAAGAAACCUCCAAAAGCUAAUGAGCCGAAUAUGGCUGCUAGAGAUGCCAACGACAAUGAGACUAUCAAUGAUGCGAAAUCGGAUUGGGGAGAGCUUCCAGCUUAA